AUGGGGAACUUCGCUGCCUGCUGCAGAGGAUUCUGGUGCAAGGACAAAAACCCUGACGUCCGGGUCAGUCUGCCUGCGGUCUGCUUCGUGUGGCAGAUCGCCAUGAUCAUCUUGUUUGGACUGUUUGUACGUUAUGAUGAAGAGUCGGACGCGCACUGGUCUGAGCACAAACAUGAGAACAACAUCACGAGUGACAUCGAGAACGACUUCUACUACAGAUACCCAAGUUUUCAGGAUGUGCAUGUGAUGAUCUUCGUGGGUUUUGGCUUUCUCAUGACCUUCCUGAAGCGUUACAGCUUUGGCGGGGUCGGGUUUAACUUUCUCAUCGCCGCCUUUGGUCUGCAGUGGGCUCUUCUCAUGCAGGGCUGGUUUCACUCUCUGGACCCGGCUGAUGGCCAAAUCAAGAUCGGAAUUGAGAAUAUCAUCAAUGCCGACUUCUGUGUGGCUGGAUGUCUCAUUGCUUAUGGAGCUCUGCUGGGGAAAGUCAGUCCAGUGCAGCUGAUGGUCUUGACACUAUUUGGCAUCACACUGUUUGCAGUCGAGGAAUACAUCAUUCUUCAUGUUCUCCAUGUUCGGGACGCUGGCGGAUCCAUGGUCAUCCACACUUUCGGAGCAUAUUACGGUCUGACAAUAUCAUGGAUUCUUUAUCGACCGAAACUAAACCAAAGCAAGAAUCUGAGCGGAUCGGUCUACCACUCGGAUGUCUUUGCUAUGAUUGGGACUCUCUUCCUCUGGAUGUUCUGGCCCAGUUUCAACUCUGCCAUCGCAGAUCAUGGAGAUGGACAACAUCGGGCCGCCAUAAACACCUACCUCGCGCUGUCUGCUUCAGUCCUUACUACAUUUGCCAUAUCAAGCCUUUCAGCCAAGAGGGGAAAACUGGACAUGGUGCAUAUCCAGAAUGCAACUCUGGCUGGGGGAGUCGCCAUGGGAACAGCGGCUGAGUUUAUGAUCACAACCUACGGUUCUCUCAUCGUGGGCUUCUGCUGCGGGAUAAUCUCCACCUUCGGCUACCUGGUGAUCACUCCCUUCUUGGAGAAGUAUAUGAAGAUUCAAGACACAUGUGGCAUCCAUAACCUGCACGCCAUGCCCGGUGUCCUCGGAGCAGUCGUGGGUGCCAUCACUGCGGCUACUGCCAGUGAGAGCGUCUAUGGACAUGAAGGGUUAGUAAACACCUUCGAUUUUAAAGGGGAAUAUGCUGAAAGGACUCCUGCCAUGCAAGGAGGCUUCCAGGCCGCCGGUCUUUGUGUUGCUCUUGCUUUUGGAAUCGUAGGUGGAGCAAUAGUAGGUUUUAUCCUGAGACUUCCGUUCUGGGGAGACCCCUCUGAUGAUAACUGCUUUGAUGAUGAGGUGUACUGGGAGGUGCCUGAAGACGAGGAGAGCCUCCCUCCCAUUCUAGAGUACAACAGCCACAUGUUCGGCAAAAAUAUGUCUAACUUCACUGUGGAACAGAGCUAAUGCAAGAAAUAAGGACGUCGUUAUAGCAAAAGAUGCACCUGAUUACA